CUCUCUCUCACCCUCUCUCUUCUGUCCCUCUGCCAGUGUUCUGGAGCUCCUCCCUCAGGCGUAUUAAACCCAGGGCUCUGCUGAAGGGACUCUCACUCCUGAGGACUGCUGGAGCAGCACCAAACCCUGACCACUCACACCAUCAGCAGAGCAGGAUGCCUUUCGGCGGGGGAAACAUGUGUGGCUGCUGCCAGAAGGCCGUCUAUUUCGCAGAGGAGAUGCAGGCUGAGGGGAAGAGUUUCCACAAGUCCUGCUUUCUGUGCAUGGCCUGUAAAAAGAACCUGGACAGCACAACAGUGGCCUGUCACGUGGAUGAGAUCUACUGCAAGUCCUGCUAUGGCAAGAAGUAUGGGCCAAAAGGCUAUGGGUUUGGUGGGGGAGCAGGAACCCUGAGCAUGGAUACCGGUGAACACCUGGGAAUCAAACCAGAAGGGCAAGCUGGCCAUCGCCCCACCAACAACCCCAAUGCCUCCAAGUCAGCCCAGAAGGUGGGCGGCUCCGACGUCUGCCCCCGCUGUGGAAAGGCUGUGUACGCGGCCGAGAAGGUCUUAGGCGGAGGAAACUCCUGGCAUAAGAGCUGCUUCCGAUGUGCCAAGUGUGGCAAAGGCCUUGAGUCGACGACCCUGGCAGACAAAGAUGGAGAAAUCUACUGUAAAGCCUGCUAUGCCAAGAACUUCGGGCCGAAGGGCUUUGGGUUUGGCCAGGGUGCCGGUGCCCUUGCGCAUGCCUAGGAAGGCCCGUGCCAACGCGCUGAUGCCCACGCCACGCCGAUGUGUGUUCCUGACCCGGAUAGCUCUCCCGUCCCCGUGUGUGAAGAUGUGUGUUCCUGACCCUGAUAGCUCUCCCGUCCCCGUGUGUGAAGAUGUGUGUGUUCCUGACCCGGAUAGCUCUCCCGUCCCCGUGUGUGAAGAUGUGUGUGUUCCUGACCCGGAUAGCUCUCGUGUGUGAAGAUGUGUGUUCCUGACCUGGAUAGCUCUCCCGUCCCCGUGUGUGAAGAUGUGUGUCCAGCGCCCCGCCCCUGUCUGCUGCACUACUCCACGCAUGCCCAGCAUACGCUCCCCAUAAGGCUUAGCUUCCUGAAGCUAGCACAUUUCUCUUCAUACACACAGAGAGAGAGAGAGAGAGAGAGAGAGAGAGAGAGAGAGAGAGAGAGAGCCUAGAAGCGAGAUCCAUCACCCAUCACUGACAGCAGCUAACUUUGGAUGAGCUCAGGCCUGGAUUCUGCCCAAGCCUGACAGGCCUCAGUCAUUCCCAGUAGUCAGCUCAUACCCAGCAGGCUACAGCGGCUGGACAUCAGAGGAAGUGUCAUUUCUUUUUGGUCAUUUCAUAUUUGACUCCCUUAUCACGCUGUCAUAGAUAAGCAGUGUUCUUCUCCUUAUGGUAGCGCUGGGCUGUGGAGCUGGGUGAUCCAGGCUGUCUCUAUCUGUCUGGGCCUGAAAGGCUCUUUGUGUGGCGGCGGCGACUUGCUGUUUGCUUUGCUGGGUGGCCUAAUCAGCCAGUCCCUCGGUGAACAGCACACACAGUUCAGAGGAGCUGGCUGCAGUGUACCGAGACUCAAAGGCAUGAAAGAUUCUCUGGUAUUUAAAAAAAUAAGAGAUGUUUGAGUCGUACUUGCUUAAGGCUGUUUAGACAGACAGACAGACAGACAGACAAAAAGCUUUCGGGAAAGAAAAUAUCUUUGGAUGAGAGAACUCCUGUUGUUUUAUUUAUUCUUCCAUGUUUGUGUUUCUUUGCGCUUGUUUGGUGUGACUGUUUGCUUUGAGAUCAGUGACAUAAAUGCAUCUUGUCAUCAUGA